UUUUCAGGUUAAAACAACAGCAUCCUAAUCCAAGUUAAACCAUGACUCCAAAACUCCCAAUAGGAACGCAACACGCAAUAUAAACAUUAAUUAGAGCGCACACAAGCUGCCACAUAAAAAUCUUCCAAUCCUUAAUCUAUGCCGUAAAUUGUGUAACACCUAAAUCUUCGUAACAUCUCAUUCUCACAACAUCCCUUGGAAAAUUAAGUAGUAAUAAUUAAUUAAUUAAUUAAUUAUUAAAUUGACAUGAAACUCUUGGAAAAAGAUUUUGCUCCUAACCAAAGAGGAACUGUUAAAAUAAUUGCAGAAGAACCUGAUGAUGUAUGGCUUCUUUACAAUCUCAUUACCAUCGGCGACGUCGUUACCGCCGAAACCACACGCAAAGUCCACCUCGAAUCAACCAAAAACACCUCGUCACGUGUCAAACUCGCCCUUCAUCUCAAAGUCACGUGCCGCGACUUUCAAAAAGACUCUUCCACCCUCCGCGUACAUGGCCGCAAUCUCGAACCAAAUCAACAUGUUGCUGCCGGUUCUUUCCACACUUUAACCCUUGAAAGAAAUAAACCUUUUCACCUUGAAAAGAAAAAGUGGAGUCCACAAGCUGUUGAAACCUUAGCCGAGGUUACCGAUGAUUCAUCAUUUUCUUCUUCUGAUGCCAAUCUUCUUGUUGUUGUUCUUCAACAACACCAAGCAGAAAUUCACUUGCUUGGAAAACAAGUCACUACUCGUUGUUCCAAAAUCGAAGCCUCUUCCUCUUCACAUUCUCAUAAAAAAUCAUCUUCUUCCUCUUCAAACAUGUUUUUUCGUGAGGUUUUUGUUGCUUUCAUGAAGCACGUGGAUUUCAACAUUGUGAAAUGUGUGGUGAUAGCAGGGGAUAGCGACAGUAAUACAUCGAUAUCCCCUACUAUCUUUCGUAGAUUUCUUUUGUCAGAAGCGAAGAGGUUAAAGAUAAAAUGUAUCGAAGAGAAUAAAUCACGUAUUGUUGUGGUAGGGUCAAGAUGCAACAACGACAAAGGUAAUUGUGACUUUGACUUGAAGGAAGUUUUAAGUGAUGUGACCGUGAUGAAAUUGAUAAAGAACAACGAGUUAGGGUUAGAAAUUAGGACAUUUAAGGAGUUGUGGGAUAUGAUAUGCAACAAUUCGGAUCGUGUGUGUUAUGGAGCAAGGCAUGUGGAGAGUGCACAUGAGAUGAAUGCGAUUGAAACACUUUUGAUAAGUGAUGAUCUUUAUAGGAAUGAAGACACUGAAAUGAGGAAAAAAUAUGUGAGUUUGGUGAAAUCGGUGAAAGAGAGUGGAGGAAAGGCUUUGGUGUAUUCUUCUAUGCAUGUUUCGGCACCACAAUUAGCUCAGCUAACUGGUGUUGCUGCCAUUCUUAGGUUUCCAUUGCCUAGUCUUCAAGAUAUGGAUGAGGAUGAUGAUCAUGCAUGGAUAUAAUUACAAUUAUAAUACCUUAAUUAAAUUAAAUAUAUUAUAUGUCUAGCUUUUAUUUUUAUUUAAUCCCUUCCCUUGUUAAUAUCAUCAAAAAUAAAUUCUCAUUUGUACAUAUAUAUAUAUAUACAAUAAUGGUUGUAUUGUUGUGGUGAUGUAUA